ACAAAACAGACCAGGGCUGCAAAAGCAUGGCCUCUGCUGAGGCGGCGGCGGCGGCGGCAGCGUUGUCACCGUCGUCGUCGUCUUGGGAAGCAGAUUCAGCCCCAGUCCCUGAGGCUGCAGGAGCCGCUGCCGCCGCGGCGGUGGCGGUGGCGGCCGCGGCCAGGAUGGGGCCCGGAGCCAGGGUCUCCAAGGCCGCUUUGGCUACGAAGCUGCUGUCCCUGAGCGGCGUGUUCGCCGUGCACAAGCCCAAGGGGCCCACCUCAGCCGAGCUGCUGAAUCGGCUGAAGGAGAAGCUGCUGGCAGAAGCUGGGAUGCCUUCUCCAGAAUGGGCCAAGAGGAAAAAGCAGACUUUGAAAAUCGGGCACGGAGGGACCCUGGACAGUGCUGCCGGGGGCGUGCUGGUGAUUGGAAUUGGAAGGGGAACAAAAAUGUUGACCAGUAUGUUGUCAGGAUCCAAGAGGUAUAUUGCCAUUGGAGAGCUGGGGAAAGCUACCGACACGCUGGAUUCUACAGGGAAAAUAACAGAAGAAAAACCUUACGAUCAAAUAACACAAGAAGAUAUUGAAGGCAUUUUACAGAAAUUUACUGGGAAUAUAAUGCAGGUACCUCCCCUCUAUUCUGCAUUAAAGAAGGAUGGACAGAGACUUUCCACUCUAAUGAAGCGAGGAGAAGCAGUAGAAGCAAAACCUGCCAGGCCAGUUACGGUGUACAGCAUCUCCCUUCAAAAAUUCCAGCCACCGUUUUUCACGUUAGAUGUUGAGUGUGGAGGAGGUUUUUAUAUCAGAAGCUUGGUCAGUGACAUUGGCAAAGAGCUCUCCUCCUGCGCCAACGUGCUGGAGCUGACGCGGACCAAACAGGGGCCUUUCACGCUGGAGGAGCACGCCCUGCCCGAAGACAAAUGGACCAUUGAGGACAUUGCACAGUCCUUGGAGCAUUGCUCCUCUCUCCUCCCGGCAGAGCUGGCACUUAAGAAACCAAAGCCCGAGGAGUCUCAGGAACAGGGUUUGAGCUGCGAAUAUAUAACCCUGAAUGAGACCAAGGGAGAAGACGGUGACAAUAAAACGUGUUAACGUUGGCCUGGGUCAUCAUGUCUUGGCUGACAUUUGAAUCCCCUGUCCACAAUGACAAGCUCCGGGCAAAGGAAAAUCUCCCCCUCCCCCCCCUUUUUUUUUUGCACGAAAGAAAAAUGUCCAUCAUUUAUAGUUUCGAGAGGGUACAGUUUUAUCUGCCUUGCAGUUGUUCAGUUCUAUCCCGUACCACCGUGGAAUGUUCUGGAGUAUUAUGUGGUUAGAUUGGAUUCAGGAAAGUCAGCUUUCUGAUUUGGAUCUUGCUUCAAAGUCUUCUCCUGUGAAAAAGCUGAACACAUUUUCUCAUCAGAGAAAAAUGAUAUAUGAGCUCCAUGGUUCUUUGUCAUCACAAAAGUUAAUGUCAAUGAAUGUUACUUCGACUUUCUUUUGGCCCCGGUGCUCUGUUGUAUUGAAAUUCUUUCACUAUGUUUGAAAAGGCUGGUAUUUAACUCUAUUUUUACGUUUUGGAGAGUUUGCCAUUAUUAAGAACAUGUCUUUGAUAAGGAUGCAUUUAUUUGGUAAUAGCUAUGUUUGUUUAGGUCUUGGACAUUAAUAAACUUUUAAAAUAAAUGUUUAUAAUUAUACCAAAUUAUUGUUGCUACCACUUAAGGGAUAUCAGUACAGGACUAAAUGUUUAAAUUCGCCUCUAUCAUUAGUACACAGGAUAGCCCAAUGGCUUAUAUUUUGGGAGCUGUGAGAUCUUUUUCUGAUAUUUUUCAUAGUUGACCACCCUGCACUAAAUGUUACUAAAUAAGUUUUUAAAAAGUAAGCUAAAGAAUGUAUCAUCAAUUAAAAAUGUUUUUAUUCUUUAGUAUUUAUUUAUACCUUUCGAAGGGCAUUGUUUUUUAAUUUGCUUUCAGAUGAUAUAGCUUUUGAGAUAGUCCCCAUGCAUUUCCAGUUAAUCUCUUUUGUUCUAAAUAUUUAAAAAGUUUUUUUCAAACAUUUUUAUUCAAAUUGCCUAUUGAUGCCUUGCCAGUGUUGCUCAGUGGUUGAGCAUCAAUCUUUGAACCAGAAGGUCAU